UCUUCCCCCGGCACACUAAUACACUCUGAUAGAGCUUGGGCGAGAGGUAUACGGGAUAUCAUCUGGGGAUCCCCGUGCCAUUUGGAGGUAGAGACGAGUGUCAGACGCCAGGACAACCAGUGUCUGUCGGAAAGGAAGGUAUCUGAAGGACUCAUCAGAAUUCAUCAUCAGCAGACGGAGGAAUAUACCAGCUUUUAACACCAGACACAAGACUUCAAUACAAAGAACGAAAACACUGAGCUAGGAGCGGGGAUUAAUAUCGAAGUCUAAACCGUAGGUAACCUAGGAAAAAGGAGAAGUCCAGAAGAUAGGCAAUAUCAAUAAGCAUGUCGUCCGUACAAUCCGAAAGCUGUUAAGUAUCACCAGUAAAUGUAAACAAACAGCUAUUAAAGCUAGCUGAAGUUAGCCGAUUGGGGUUAGCUUUCUACUGCUAGUAGCUAACGUCAGGUAGUAGGAUCGAAGCAGACCGAAGGUAAACCGAACCGAACAAGCCUGGCUUCGGGUUGAAAACCAAUUUAAACCUCAAAAUAGUGGACUUGAGUGGAUGUCAGCCGUUUGUGUUAUCUCGGUGUGCAGUUAUUAGCACAAUUAGCCUCUCAGCUAAUGCCCGUUUAAUGUUUUUUGCAUUAGCAGCCUAACAUAAUAACAUAACAACUAGCACAGUAAAUGUAGAACAAAGAAGACAUUUGGCAACACUAACGCUACCUGGGUUUUUGAACUCGCGUCCUUCGAAAAAUUUUGCUGUGAGAGAUUAACCACUUCCAGGACUGGUGUAAAGCUACAAUAGAUGGUCUUUAUAUUUAAUGUAGUCCAGGUGAUUGGCUGAAAAGAGUAGGACGUCGGGGUGAAGGAAAACAACUUAAUGACUUAGAGAUUUAAUCACAUCGCUACCCCCAGCCAGCGUUGUUGCAAAGCUGUGUGCUGUCUUCGCGUUCUUCGCUGCACCGUGAAAGGAAAUUUUCAGUUUUACAUGCUGCACUCGGUCCGUUUGACAGUAAAAGUCGUUAGCUGGUGAGUUUGGCUAGCUUGUACUCUCAGGGGCAGCAGUCGGCAGUAGUACAGUCAAAAAGCGGAGAGGACCUUGUGUUCAAAGUAAUAGGUUGCAAAGGGAGCCACAACUCUGCCCGGCAGCAUGGGGUGGGUUGUUAAAUCUAUCUAAAUAGCUAGUAGUUUGAUUUGAAUAUGUAACAGCCCCAUCUAGAACACAGGAGAAGUUACGUAUAUACACUUGGUAAUUGUAGCUUUGUUGUGAAUAUCUUCCUACAAACCAUUUAAAAGAGACCACCGCCUUGUCAGAGUGUGUAUUAUGUAGCUGUGUUUGAGGCCCCAGCGGUAAGCCUCUCAGCUGUGUUUUGGUUGCUAGUGGCCUCCCCUCCCCCAGUCUUGAGACUCUUGAUUCUCCCCGAAGGUUGGACACUGUUCGCCUGGUUUCCACUUGGUUUUUAAACUGAAGAAAGGCCGUAGCCUCAAAUCGCAGUCCUCUGGACUCCGAAGCAUUUAAAAAGUGGAUGUAAUGGAACUGAUGUUCGCCGAGUGGGAGGACGGGGAGAGGUUCUCCUUCGAAGACUCGGACCGGUUCGAGGAAGACUCUCUGUGCUCUUUCAUCUCAGAGGCCGAGAGCCUCUGUCAGAACUGGAGGGGAUGGAGGAAGCAGUCUGCUGGACCCAACUCUCCUACUGUCAAGAUUAAAGAUGGUCAGGUAAUUCCACUGGUGGAGUUGUCAGCGAAGCAGGUUGCGUUCCACAUCCCGUUUGAGGUGGUGGAGAAGGUCUACCCCCCUGUCCCAGAACAGCUCCAGCUUCGCAUCGCCUACUGGAGCUUCCCCGAAAAUGAGGAAGACAUCAGGUUAUAUUCCUGUCUGGCUAAUGGGAGUCCAGAUGAAUUCCAACGAGGAGAGCAGCUCUACAGGAUCAGAGCUGUCAAAGACCCACUGCAGAUCGGCUUCCAUCUCAGUGCUACAGUAGUUACCAGUCAGGCUGGUCAGUCUAAAGGAGCCUACAACGUGGCGGUCAUGUUUGAUCGCUGCCGCAUCACUUCCUGUAGCUGCACCUGUGGUGCUGGGGCCAAAUGGUGUGCCCAUGUGGUCGCACUCUGCCUCUUCAGAAUCCACAAUGCAUCAGCAGUGUGUCUGAGGGCUCCAGUCUCUGAGUCUUUAUCCAGGCUGCAAAGGGACCAGCUCCAAAAGUUCGCCCAGUACCUCAUCAGUGAGCUGCCUCAGCAGAUCCUACCCACAGCCCAACGGCUUCUAGAUGAGUUGCUCUCUUCUCAGUCUACUGCCAUCAACACUGUGUGUGGAGCCCCAGACCCGACAGCAGGCCCUUCAGCAUCUGACCAGAGCACCUGGUAUUUGGAUGAGUCAACCCUCAGCGACAACAUCAAAAAGACUCUGCACAAGUUCUGUGGACCUUCACCUGUCGUUUUCAGUGAUGUAAACUCCAUGUACCUGUCAUCCACGGAGCCACCAGCCGCUGCCGAGUGGGCGUGUCUGCUGCGACCUCUGAGGGGUCGAGAGCCAGAAGGCAUCUGGAACCUUCUGUCCAUCGUCAGGGAGAUGUUCAAGAGGCGAGACAGCAACGCAGCCCCACUACUUGAGAUCCUCACUGAGCAGUGCCUCACCUAUGAACAGAUCAUCAGCUGGUGGUACAGUGUUCGGACAUCAGCAUCCCACAGCAGUGCCAGUGGCCACACGGGGCGCAGCAAUGGUCAGUCGGAGGUGGCGGCUCAUGCCUGUGCCAGCAUGUGUGAUGAGAUGGUGGUGCUCUGGAGGCUGGCAGUGCUUGACCCCACCAUGAGCCCUUGCAGGCGUCUGGAACUGGCAGGCCAGCUGAAGCAGUGGCACCUAAAGGUUAUCGAGAUAGUGAAGCGGGGGCAACAUCGCAAGUCCCUGGAUAAACUGUUCCAGGGCUUCAAGCCUGCGGUAGAGUCCUGCUAUUUUAAUUGGGAGGCGGCCUACCCAUUGGACGGCAUCACCUACUGUAGUGCUGAUAAGAAGAGCGCCACAUUUUGUUGGUCCAGGGCAGUGCAGCAUCAGAGAGGAAUCAAAGCUGCUGCAGGAGGGAGUGGAGAACCUCCUGAACCAGGGGGAGGGGGGAGAGCUGAAGGUGGAGCUGGGGGAGAUUAUAAAGGAAGAGGAAGUGGUCAUUUGUCUCAACAGGAGGUGGCAGUUCGACCGAAGGAGACCAUUCUAACCAAGAGAAAGGGUCUGUCAGUGAGCGGAGGGGGAGGGAUGCUGGUCCGUCUCGGGGGGAGUGUCUCUCUUUCCCUGGAAGAUGGAGGAGGGAAGUGCAUGUACAAAGGACCAGGCUCCUCCUCUGGAGGGAAGCUGAAACUGACACAGGGAGGUGGAAAGGGGGCAUCUGUAGGAGGUCCUGGAGGGAGUGGAGGGUUAGGAGGUGGUAAGCAUGCUAGUGCCAAGCGGAGAACCAGCAGUGAGGACAGCUCCCUGGAACCGGACCUGGCUGAGCUCAGCUUGGAUGAUGGCUGCAGUCUGGCUCUGGGGGCUGAGGCCAGCAACACUUUUGAGUUUCUUCCCCCGCCCCCAGAGAUGCUGCCCUCCCCAAGCCCAUUGCUCCGAGAUUCACGCAAGUACAGCAGCAGCAGCGGAGGGAGCAAGAUGUUUGAAACAAAGCGUGUGGGCCAUACAUCUGCCACACUUCCUGUUGCAGAGCCUGCUCAACCCUGCUUCCCUCCCAAAGAGACAGUGGUGGUUGUUAUGGACAUGUCCAGCACUGCAGAAAAGGAAGCAGAGCUGGAGGUGGAGGUGGAGCCUCUCCAGAACAGAGAUGAAGAUGUAGACUCAGGUGGCAGUAACCAACCCUCCACUUCCACCACCACAGCAAGAUCAGGCACCACUCAAACAUCUGGCAAGGCACCGCGAGGCCGCAGAGAGGUAGCAGCAGCAGGGAGUGGGGCAGCAGCUGCAGGUGGACCACCUAACCAAGGAGCAGAGGCAACAGGUGGAGCUGCAGGAGGAGAAGCUUUGGGUGAGGAUGACUAUCAGGCAUACUACCUGAGUGCUGCCUCAGAGGAGGGAGCAGACAGACAGCUGACUGAUAACCACCAGGAGGAGGAGCCAGACAUCUUCGCAGGGAUCAAACCGCUGGAUCAGGAGGGACGCAUGGAGGUGCUGUUUGCGUGUGCUGAGGCCCUCUAUGCUCAUGGCUACAGUAAUGAGGCUUGCCGGCUGGCUGUGGAGCUAGCCAGAGACCUGUUAGCCAACCCUCCAGACCUGAAAGUGGAGCAGCCACAGACUAAGGGUAAGAAGAGCAAGGUGUCAACCAGCCGUCAGACGCAAGUAGCCACUAACACACUCUCAAAAGCUGCCUUCCUCCUCACUGUUCUCACUGAACGACUGGAGCUCCACAACCUGGCCUUCAGCACCGGCAUGUUCUCCCUGGAACUCGUGAGGCCACCGGCAUCUACCAAAGCUUUGGAGGUGAAGCUGGCCUACCAGGAAUCAGAGGUGGUGGCUUUGUUGAAGAAGAUUCCUCUGGGCCUGGUGGAGAUGUCAGCCAUCAGAGAGAGAGCUGAACAGCUCAGAGAUGGAAACUUCUGUGAUUACAGACCCGUGCUGCCUCUCAUGUUGGCCAGCUUCAUCUUUGAUGUACUGUGUACCCCAGUUGUGUCCCCAACGGGUUCCCGUCCGCCAAGUCGCAACCGUAACAACGAGAUGCCUGGUGAUGAGGAGCUGGGCUUCGAGGCUGCUGUUGCUGCACUUGGUAUGAAGACCACAGUCAGUGAGGCAGAGCAUCCUCUUCUGUGUGAAGGAACUAGACGGGUGAAGGGUGACCUGGCUCUGGCUCUCAUGAUCACCUAUAAGGAUGACCAGAGCAAGCUGAAAAAGAUACUGGAUAAGUUGUUGGACAGAGAGAGUCAGACCCACAAGCCCCAAACUUUGAGCUCCUUUUACUCCAGCAAGCCAGCAGCUGGCAGCCAGCGCAGCCCAUCCAAACAUACUGCUGCUGGCCACAGUGGGGUGAGCGGAGCCACCGGGGGUGUCUCCAAACACGCCCCCUCAUCUUCCUCUGUGACCACUGUGGCAGCUUCUCCCCCCGCUGUGUCACUAGCUGGAGAAGAGGUGGCUCGUCAGGCCGAACUAAACCCAGUGCCAAAUAGUACAGCAGGGGAGAGUACUGCUGAGAUCAGGGAGCAUGUAUCAGAUGGGCCUUCAUCAAUUGACCACCAGAAUGAAACGGCUCCAUUUAAGCUGGAGGCUACAGUGCCCAGUCGCCUGGCGCUUGGGACGCGCUGUGGAUACAGCCAACGCUGCUGGGGCUCUCCUGUCCGUCAGAAAAAGAAACACACCGGCAUGGCGAGUAUUGACAGCAGUGCUCCAGAGACGACCUCAGACAGUUCCCCCACCCUUAGCCGCCGGCCGCUCCGGGGUGGCUGGGCAGCAACGUCUUGGGGGCGGGGCCAGGACAGUGAUAGCAUCAGCAGUUCAUCAUCUGAUUCACUGGGCUCCUCCUCCUCCAGUGGCUCUCGCAGGGCAGGGGGUGGGGCCAGAGCCAAGAGCACUGACACUAGCAGGUACAAAGGGCGACGUCCAGAGUGCCACGCUCCCCAUGUACCCAACCAGCCAUCAGAGGCAGCAGCCCAUUUUUACUUUGAGCUGGCCAAAACGGUGCUGAUCAAAGCUGGAGGAAACUCUUCCACCUCCAUUUUCACCCAGCCCUCAGCCAGCGGGGGCCACCAGGGGCCCCACAGAAACCUGCACCUGUGUGCCUUUGAGAUUGGCCUGUAUGCUCUUGGCCUCCACAACUUUGUCUCACCCAACUGGCUGUCCAGGACCUACUCCUCGCAUGUGUCCUGGAUCACUGGCCAGGCCAUGGAGAUCGGCAGCGCUGCCCUCAACAUUUUAGUGGAGUGUUGGGAUGGUCACCUCACCCCUCCAGAGGUAGCAUCCCUAGCAGACCGAGCAUCACGGGCCAGAGACCCCAACAUGGUUCGGGCAGCGGCAGAGCUGGCCCUGAGCUGCUUGCCACAUGCUCAUGCCCUAAAUCCAAAUGAAAUCCAGAGAGCCCUGGUGCAGUGCAAAGAGCAGGACAAUGUGAUGUUGGAGAAGGCCUGCAUGGCAGUAGAGGAAGCAGCCAAGGGUGGAGGCGUGUACCCUGAGGUUCUGUUUGAGGUGGCUCACCAGUGGUACUGGCUAUAUGAACAGUCAGUGGGCGGGGGCUCAGGCCAGCAAAGGGAGACCUCUGGGCGCUGUGGGGCAAAUGGGGGUUCGGGCAGGAGGCCCCCGGAAUCCAGCUGUGGUGUCCUUGACAGUGGGGCCAACAUGGAGUCUCCAGGGGUGGCAACAGUCACAGCCUCAGUCACUGCAGCAGCCGUUGUACCCGUCAUCUCUGUAGGCUCCACCAUCUACCAGUCCCACGCCAUGCCUGGGCAGGCCAUGGCUCACCCACACAGCCAGGGCCUUCACCCCUACACCACCAUCCAGGCCCAUCUCCCCACUGUCUGCACCCCCCAGUACCUGGGACACCCGCUGCAGCAUGUCCCUCGACCCGCCGUCUUCCCUGUGUCUGGGGCUGCAUAUCCACAGGGAAUGCACCCAGCCUUCAUUGGGGCCCAGUACCCAUUCUCAGUGGCCGCUGGCCCCCAGCCACCUAUGGCAGCUACGGCUGUGACCUUCCCUGGUGUCCCCGUACCGUCCAUGACUCAGAUAGCCGUCCAUCCCUACCACACUGAGACCGGGCUGCCCCUCAGCACCACUGUAGCAGUAGGCAGCGUCCAUGCAGGCCCCACCAUCCAGGCUAUCCAGGGAGCAACUUUGCCCUCCCUUUCAUCCCAGCCGGGCUCAUUGGUCAGCACUCCUUUCCCAGCAGAGGACGAGCAGCACAGCCAGCCAGUCAGCCAGCAGGGCCUGCACUACCUGCAUUCUGCCUACAGAGUUGGCAUGCUGGCGUUGGAGAUGCUGGGCAGGAGGGCUCACAAUGACCACCCCAACAACUUUUCCAGGAGCCCACCUUACACUGAGGAUGUCAAAUGGCUGCUGGGACUUGCUGCGAGGCUUGGGGUCAACUAUGUGUACCAGUUCUGUGUCGGAGCAGCAAAAGGUGUCCUCAGUCCAUUCGUCCUGCAGGAGAUCAUCAUGGAGGCUCUGCAGAGGCUGAACCCCGCCCACGUCCACGCCCACCUCCGAACACCUGCUUUCCACCAGCUCGUCCAGCGCUGCCAACAGGCCUACCUGCAGUACAUCCACCACCGGCUCAUCCACCUGACACCUGCUGACUAUGAUGACUUUGUCAACAUCAUCCGCAGCGCUCGAGGUGCUUUCUGCCUGACGCCCGUGGGUAUGAUGCAGUUCAACGACGUGCUGCAGAACCUGAAGAGAGGCAAGCAGACCAAGGAGCUGUGGCAGCGCAUUUCCCUGGAGAUGGCAACUUUCUCCCCCUGACCAGCACACUGAGUGACGGUGUGCUUGGCCUGGGCCUGGGCCUGGGCCUGGGCCUGGGCCUGGGCCAAACUUGAGGAGUCCCAUCCAGUGCCCACUCAGCCUCCAGCAUUGCUAGUGCCACUGCACUGAGCUGGCCACAUUCAUGUUGUCUGGUUCUGUCAUGGAGCCUGCUCCCUGCAUUGUGGACUCAGACACAGCACACAGGCUGUACAAUCAGCUCCCGUACCCCCAACCCACAGAGACUUACUUUUUUGUGGGUGUUCGUCCACCCAGAGCUCCGAGGAGAAGCCGGGGCACCUCCCUGCUCUCCCCUGUUGUUGACUGACUCCUCACUCUUGUUUUAUCAUGGUUCAUGUUUGUGUAACUGUGGAAUUAAAGUGUACUCCUUCCUUUCUGCAUCUAACUCGUCUCUUCCAUUUCCCCUAAACUGAAGACAUUGACGGGGAUCUGUCAUCCACCAUCCUCACUGCAUUUCCAGUGUUUUGUAGUUUUGUUUAGUUUUUUUUUGUUUUUUUGAAUGAAACCACUGAGUGUGAGUCAUUUUCAUGCUGCAACAUUCCUGUCCAGAGUGGUAGGUGCUGUGAGGCCUCAUUCACCAAAGGCUUGUCACUAUGGAUCUGAAUCUUUGCAGUGUGAGAGAAAAGGAAGAUUUGCAAGGAAAAAAGGUUUAAUAUGAGAAAUUAUAUUGUCAGUACGGGUGAGGAUUUUUUCAGUAUUUUGUUUAAUCUUUUUUGAUACUUUAUAUAGUAUAUGACAUGUACACAGAGAGGAAUGGGAAGAGAAUGACAGAAUGUUAAAGGUGCCAUUGUUGUGUGGGAUCCUUAUUUACAUUUUGGCCUGCCUGAGGAGUGACAUGAACACAGCUCCAGACCAAAACCAGAGGCCACCUAACCGCUGCUGGGCCAAGCAGGGCCACUAAGGGCUUCUCCGGCUUCACUCUUACUCAGUGUAAGAACAUCUAGAUCAGGCUUUUGUUAUGAUUUGUCAGUGGGGCUGAGUAUCAUUUUACAUUUUUUUGAUGAAAAUUAUUUUUUUCAAGGCUCCUAAGGCAACAUGAAUAAUAACGUUUCUUUUUUUGCCAAGUAGAUUCUGGUGCUCACCACAGUCUAUCUGGUGGUUGUGGGAGAAAGUUCUUUGCUCAUAUCCCAUUGGGGGCUCCGCAUAUUUUCAGUAUCAAUCUCAAAACGUUUUUCAAUACCUUUUUUGCUAAAUAUAAAUGUUUUUCUACAAAAUAUUUCUUGACAUUUAACAAAACAACGGAUUUGUCAAAUUCAGUCUGUAAUGGUGUCUUAACACAAUUACAAAAUCUCAGCUUAAACACAGUAAAAGAAAAAAAAUAACAAAAUUAGGAUAUUAGUUUACAUGGUGAAAAAGCAAGCAUCCAGUGCCACCAGUUUUUGAUAACCAGUGAUACUCACUAAAGUAAUCAGAUUCCAUACCUAGCCCCUCUUUUCAGCAUUCAAAUGACUGACUAGUUCAAAUGCACAGACAGCAAUAGCUGGAGUGGAUGACAGUCCCAGACACUUCCCUUUGAAAGUUUGGGGAGGCAACUGUGCAAUGCUCUUUCUUGGAUGUGGUGAAGUUAGCCAGACCUACAUUUGCCAAACUAAUCACUUAGUCCUCAUCCUACUCUUUCCCAAGUUUUCCUUCUUAUAAAAUUCCCCCAUCAGUCACAAGGGGCAGUAACGAAACCAUUCUGGAAAGACUCGAAAACAAACUUGAAGCCACACAGCUGAGAUUUAUGCUACAUGGUUUUAUGAUUAUUGUUUGGUUUAACAAGGGAGAAAAGAUGGUUGAGGUCUAAGCAUUUGGUUUGGCUUUUGGUUUCUCAAUGGGAAGCAUGUGGGGCUGUCACACACCUUGGAUAAGACAGUGGCUGUGUCUCAUUUUUCAGCCAUCUUCCUCAAAGUUCACACUUCGCAACUGAAUACAUGUUAAUGUAUUGAAAUGAGACACAGUUGUUUGGCUCCGGAAAGCCCUGCUUCGUUGAGCUUUGUGAUGCACGAGCCCAAACAUUCACCUGGCUCUGUCAGAAUCAGACAUGAGUGUCUUUGAGUGGCCCCUUUCUUCAGUGUGGUUAGCUCAUAGACCAUGGUGCUGUUACUAUAAGACAUGUUGAUGUUCCAUCUCUGUCCAGGCAGCUGCUGUGGUUCUGAACCUGCCUCUCUGAUUGGCUCUGGACCUCUGGAGGUGAAGGUGACUUAGUAGAAAAUGUACUGUGAUAUUUUUGUAUUCCUCAAAAAAGUGUAGCUUGAUUGAAAAGUUCUGUAUGUGCUGAUUGCAAAAGGUUCUAAUUUAGAGUGAAAAGAAUAAAUAAAAAGAUAAAAGCAA